UUGUGUGAAGCAUGCAGCGGGCCGCUGUCCUCUUCCUUUUUGCUUUAAUGGCUGUCAGAGACACUGAAUAGAGGAAGAGCAGCUAGAGAGGGGUUCUGUUUAAUUCAGAAGGGAGCGGGAAAGAAAACACUGCACACACUAUGAUGCCAGGAUAUGCUAGAAACCCACACGAGCUUUAUUAUCUGAAGACCCAGCGAGCACAGGAGAAGAUGGAGCAUUUGGAGAAGGGGUUGAAGCAACGACUACGGGUGUGCGUGGCCACCUGUAACAGAGCGGACUACUCUAAACUCGCCCCCAUCAUGUUCGGCAUCAAGUCUCAACCUGAAAUCUUUGACCUGGAGGUGGUGGUGCUGGGUUCACAUCUCAUUGAUGAUUACGGAAACACGAUCCGUAUGAUUGAGCAGGAUGAGUUUGAUAUCGGCUCUAAAUUGCACACCAUUGUUCGUGGUGAGGACGAUGCUGCCAUGGUGGAGUCCGUGGGUCUCGCGCUCGUGAAGCUUCCCGACGUGCUCCAGCGUCUCGCCCCUGACAUUCUGCUCGUUCACGGCGACCGUUUUGACGCGCUGGCCUUGGCGACGGCAGCGUCUCUAAUGAACAUUCGCAUAUUGCACCUUGAAGGUGGAGAAGUAAGCGGAACCAUUGAUGAUUCAAUUCGUCAUGCCAUCUCCAAACUGGCCCACUACCACGCCGUCUGCACCCGCUCAGCCGAGAGACACCUCAUCUCCAUGUGCGAAGACCACUCUCAUAUCUUAUUGGCUGGCUGCCCGUCGUACGACAGGCUGCUCUCCGCCCACAAACGAGACGAUUAUGCUGAUAUCAUCAAGUCUUGGAUUGGGGAUGAGGUGAAGGAGCAGGACUAUAUUGUGGCCCUGCAGCAUCCUGUUACCACAGACAUCAAGAACUCCAUUAAGAUCUACGAGUUAAUGCUGGAGGCUAUCAUCUCCUUCAACAAGAAAACUCUCAUUCUUUUCCCGAAUAUUGACGCAGGCAGUAAGGAGAUGGUUCGUGUGAUGAGGCGGAAGGGAAUCGAGCAGCAUCCGAAAUUCCGUGCGGUAAAGCAUGUUCCGUUCGAUCAGUUCAUCCAGCUAAUAGCACAUGCCGGCUGCAUGAUUGGGAACAGCAGCUGUGGAGUUCGUGAGGCCGGAGCUUUCGGGACACCUGUCAUUAACCUGGGUACUCGUCAGACGGGUCGAGAAACAGGGGAAAAUGUUCUACAUGUGCGAGACGCAGACACGCAUAAUAAAAUCUACCAUGCUCUGGAGCUGCAGUUUGGAAAACGCUACCCCUGCUCCAAGAUCUAUGGUGAUGGAAAUGCAGUCCAGCGCAUCUUGAAGUUCCUUCAAGCCAUUGACCUGUCUGAGCCACUACAGAAGAAGUUCUGUUUCCCUCUGGUGAAGGAGUGUAUUUCUCAAGAUAUUGACCACAUUCUGGAGACACAGAGUGCCCUUGCUGUUGACCUGGGGGGGACCAACCUGCGUGUCGGCAUCGUCAGUAUGAAGGGUAAAGUGGUUAAGAAGUAUGUCCAGUUGAAUCCUAAGACGUUUGAGGAGAGGAUAGAGCUGAUUCUGAGCAUGUGUAAACAGGCCAUGGUUGACGCCGUUCACCUCAACUGCAGAAUCCUGGGUGUCGGUGUGAGUACAGGGGGGCGUGUGAACCCACAAGAUGGGGUGGUCCUCCACUCCACCAAGCUAAUAAACGAGUGGAGUUCGGUGGAUAUCCGUACACCUCUCUCGAGCGCCCUUCAUCUGCCCGUGUGGGUCGAUAAUGAUGGUAACUGCGCAGCCCUCGCUGAGAAGAAGUUUGGCCAUGGGAAAGGCGUAGAGAACUUUGUCACCAUUAUCACAGGAACCGGAAUUGGAGGUGGUAUAAUCCAGCAUAAUGAACUGAUCCAUGGCAGCACAUUUUGCGCGGCUGAGCUGGGACACAUCGUGGUCUCGCUAGAAGGACCAGAGUGCAUGUGCGGCAGCCACGGCUGCAUAGAAGCCUACUCAUCUGGUCUCGCCCUGCAGAGAGAAGCCAAGAGACUCCAUGACGAGGACUUGCUGUUGGUGGAGGGAAUGACUGUGAAUAACAAAGAACAAGUGAAUGCUAUUCAUCUGAUCAAUGCUGCUCGCCUCGGCAACUCCAAAGCUGAGAGCGCACUUCACACUGCGGGUACUGCUCUGGGUUUGGGCAUUGUGAACAUCCUGCACAUGAUCAACCCGUCUCUAGUGAUUUUGUCUGGUGUCCUGGCAGAGCAUUAUGAGAAUCCAGUUCGUCAGGUCAUCAGUCAGCGCGCUCUGCUCUCGGCACAGGGGACCAAGAUCAUGAUGUCUGAGCUGGAGGAUCCUGCCCUGCUGGGCGCCGCAAGCAUGGUACUGGACUACACCACACGCCGUACCUACUGACGGAGCUCGAAAACCAGGAACCAGUCAGUUACAGACUUAACGACCGAGGGCCAAUCAUCUGUUACGUCAUAGUGGCUCAUAGGAUCAUAGUGGCUUUUUAAGCCUGACGAGAAAAAGCUUUUAUUUUUUUUUACUAGUUUUUAUUAUUUGGGAUCAAAUGCUUGAUGAAAGGUGUGUAAUUUUGAAGAAUAAUUUAAGUAUAUGAAGUAAGGUUUUUAUUUAAUAUUUGAACGGUGGAACUAAGGGGUAUUUGUUACUGAGAAGCUGCUAUGGUGACCUGCUCUGUCUUGCUUUCUGUUAUUUGUGUUUUUUCAUGGAGACAGUCAUGUUCUCCGUUGCGCCUUACUGUAUGUUGAUCUGUUGCCAAUCCUUUUUUGUCUUCAGCACCAUAUGUUUAGUUUUCAUUCAACCUACCUGUAUGAAUAACUGAAAGAAGUUUGUCUGUUUACUCUAAUUUAAUAUUUUAUUUUUGAAUCACAGAAGUUGAACUUGUAAA